AUGUGGCGCUCGAGGGCGGGGCGCACAGUGCACUCUCCACCAGUAGGCACAGGAGUCGCACGACGACAGUCGGUGACACUGGUAGCGCCGCUCGAACUGUGCUCGCAAAUCCUGUUAAAUUAUGUGCCAUUGCAAGCGGGACGGCCCUUGAGCCUGGACAACGUCGAAGCGGGUAACGAUUGCGGCGAAGGCUUUCUUGUCGGUGGAAGUGGAGUGGAUCGGGCGAAAAUCGACGGGAAGCGAGGAAGCAAUUACGUAAUCGUAAUGUUAGGUCGAGAUUCUCUCGCCAUCGUCUACGGAGAAGAUUGUUAUUUGCACGUUGAAGUGACAGAGCCUCGCGCAGUGAACGAAAUGUCUCAAAAGCAUCCGUCAGUCGUCACCUUAAUCCUGACGAGCUCGAAAGCUGAUGGAGGCGGCGACAGCUUCGGCUCGAGCUAA